GCGGCGCCAGGCCAGUCGCGCGCUUCCGCGGCCGCUCCGCCCAGCCGGCGCUGUCCCCGGCCGCCACCGCGCCACAACCCACGCCACUCGCUCAGCCGUGCCGCACCACCAACGCCGACGAACGCUGACAGAACACCGGCCCGAUAAUACUCCUUGUCACGUAUGCGGCCCUCCCUAACACAAAUACUGUGAUAUUAUUUAUAAAAAGUCGUAAAAAAGCUGCAUUCGCUCGGUCAUGCGGACACGCGGCUCGGUCGACACUACGGCACCGCAGACAUCUUUCGUUCUUCCGCACUGCCCGUGUGCCGAGAGCGCGAAGUUAUGAGGGAAGCAGGGAGCGUUCCCGACACGUGUACAAACAUGUUCGACGCGUCAAUUCAAGAGAUUAAUGGCAAGGGACCUAAAAAGAGAAAGAAGUCGUUAGAACGUAGCUGUGAUAAUGAGUGUCGAGAGCGUUCUGAGUUAAAUGCAAGUGAGUCGAGUGAGAGCGAUGGUAAGUCGAAGGAAGCGCGCGAGAAACCCGCGGGCAGCACGAGCGGUGGCGUGGAGCUGCUGCAUUGGCGGGACAUGCCACAGCACUUGCAGUUCAACCCGUACGUGCUCACCGGCUACCGGCCGCUGCAGGGCUGGGGUGACUGUGUGCGCAGCCUCUUCUAUUUCCACAACGAGACCAUCAAUAUUCUGACACACGGUGUCUCCUUACUAUACAUUCUGGUGGUGCUCCCAUGGCUUGCUGCGCGAUGGGGCGGCGGCGGCGCGUGGUUCCUCUCGCUGUGCCACCUGCUCGGCGCGCUGGCGCCUUGGUGCGGCUCCUUCCUCUACCACCUAUUUAUGAACCACGCGCGUGGGGAGAGCCUCUACCACCGGCUGCUGCAGCUUGACAUGCUCGGUAUCUGGGUCAGCCAGAGUAUAGGUGCGAUCCCGAUGGUUACGGCGACUGUGUACUGCGCGCCGACGCCGCUGCGGUACGCCGCGCUCACCGUCUACAGCCUCGGCUGCUUGUUAGGUCUAUAUAAGGCGAUGCGAGCUUGGUCGCCGUGGGAGCGGAGACUGUGCUUCGCAGCGCCAUUCUGCAUGCGACUGCUGCUAGCAGGGGCGAGGGCCGCCCGUCUCGGAGGGGGUGACCCUCAUGCUAUCCUGCACGUGUUUUUGCAGGACGCAGUAUCGCUGGGCGGCGGCGUAAUCGGCGCGCUGCACAUCCCGGAGAAGUGGUUCCCCGGCGCGGUAGACCGCUGCCUCAACUCACACAACAUCAUGCACGUGCUCGUCGUGCUCGCCGUCUACUCCAUGCACCAGGUGACGACCCGCGACCUGGCGUGGAUGUCGCGCGUGGACUGCCGCGCGCCGCUGCGCCAGCUCUGACGCGCUCCGCUCCUCUCACGCCUCUAACCACCUCCCGGUCUAGCUUCUCACCAGCCCGCUCACUGUCGUCUACAAACUGCUGUCACACCAUACAAUGCAACACCGGACUACAUCAGAUAUAACUAGUCACGAAUUAGACGCUUAAUAUAAUGCGAGGUCGUCGGAAGGUAUAAGGCCGGUUUGUGGAUUUGCGUCAACGUGAGUUCCAAUACUUAGCCAAAAGAUGAAUACAGCAAGUUAAUAAUAAACGACGUACUUGCCAAUAAACAGUAACAAUUAAAUGAUUAAGCUUAUUAUUCUGAGCUCGUCAUCCUGACGCGUCAGAUGUGAGCCUUAUAAGGUUUUAUGAUCUCGCUUGUAAUAUUUCCACGACACGCCACGGCUUCAUAACAGAAAAGAUAACGCGAUGAUGCCAACUCAAUUGAAAUUUCGCAAGUACAAGAGACGGACUCUCCGUGACUCCUUUAGCAAUAUACUGUAUAAGUUCUAAAUAUCUAAUUACAGUAAUUAUCAUUUAUAUUGACGCAAGUCGACAAUUAAGUUUGCAGUAAUUGCGUGAGGCAUAACAUAACAAUGUUUAUGAAAAAAGCAAUAGAAUUAAUACCUACUUGCGUAUAUCUUGGUAAUAAUAACUAUUGAAAUGGUCGAGAAAUGCGGGAAUCCUAUUUUUAUUGUUAUUUUGAAAAUUAAGGUGCCAUUUGAGGCGUUAGUCAACAAAGUUUUUUGCGUAAAAUAUAAACGUUAAAUAUCAGAGAUUGAAAUUCAUACAAAAGAUUCUGAAAGAAUAUUAGAAAUUGUUUAUUACAGAUAUUUAGAAGCCGUUUUCAUAAUUUAUUUCGUCAUUACUGGUAAAAUGAGUAUUCAACGGUCACUAUAUCAAAUACUAUUGCCGAAGCUAUCCAAGUUUUGAAACUGUCAGUUGGUGACGGCAAUCGACAUUAAGAAUCGCAAUCACAACGCGACCGUUACUUCAACACUAGAGCAAAUUGGCUUCGAUAGUAAGAAAUACAAUUGUUAGGUCGCAAUGAAUUGUGACUCAAUAAUCUUGAUCGUAUUUCUAAAGUUGUCACUCGUGUAAAUCCUAUGUCAAGGCCAAAACGUCAAUUAAUAUUUCAGUUUGGUCUUGUGGAUAAAUGAGGAUAAUGUAGUAUUGCUAACGUUGGGGACUCGGCCCGGUCGCCAGAAGGUGAACAUCAGCUCAGACCACCUCCAGGCGGUAGUCAUAAGGCAUUAUCUCCGCGAAAACAAAAAAAUUGCUAACGUAUGACAAACAUAUCCUAUUGCAUGAGGACUCAGAGAUUUUGAGCGUUAGCGAAUACGGAGAAAUCAGUCUUAUUAUUAUUAAACGUAAACAGUCAUUGGUUUAAGUUAUACAGUUAAAUUGACACAAUUAUAAUAACUAAGACUACUUCAACGCCUAGUCAGUUAUACUUACCCAAUUAAUCACUUAUUUAAAUGCAUAAAUUGGUAAAUUUAGUACAAAUAAUGGUCUGCAUGCAGCUUGGCCACAUUCCUAUAAGAUUCAGCAUUAAGUCACUACUCCAUAAAUAGCUACAUUACUAGCGAGCUAAACUCAUUUUUUGAGAAUUAGACACACGUCAUUUUAGGUGUAAAUUGUAAUAUUUUUUCCGAAAAACAAUUGAACGAUGGUAUUAAAGGUAGGCAAGUAAUAGUCAUCGUUACAUUAAUAAAAAAUACAAUGGAAAAUGAUUCCUUGAUCUACGGAGUCCCAUCUGAGUUGCUCAUUUUGUUUGUUGCGUCCAAAAGAAAUAUGAUAAUAAAAACACACGAGAGAUGAAUUUUGGAGGCACUAAUCUUAGAUUAAGUAAAAUAUGCACAGAACGCGUCACGACGCCUUUUAACUGAUUAACAUAAAGUUGUUUUUGAACAAUUUAUCCUGUCGACAUUAUAGCUACGUGCGGCACAUCAUAUAAUGCAUGAACGAAAAAAACACGUACGAAGCAUUAAGAGUGAUUAAUCACUUAAUACCAAGAGGGAUAUUUAAAGCCAAGAGAGCAAUGUGCACAAAUAAUAAAUUAUUCUAGAGUAUUAGCAAAAAUUAAUGAAUCAACGGAAUACUUAAAUUAGUGCCAUUAAAAAUUGCCGAAAUCCUAACAAAGACGAUUUCUUGACAAUAUCACGGCCUAGACAUUACAUUAACGUAAAUUAGGUAAUUUCAUCACGAAUUAUGAUUUGUGACGAAUACAGCACAUGUAAUGCUCCAGGCGAUUAGUAGCCAUUCUCAAACAAUAACUAGUUCGAUAAAUAUUAGAUAGAAUUCAGUUAUUUAAUAGGAAUAAUAAUUAGUGCGAUAAGCUUAUCGAGAUACGUCAUUACUUUAAUGCAAACGAAUCUUUAAACUUUAUUAGAGUUAGUUGAGAUAAUAGCAAAAGCAAUUUACGCCGCCAUCUUUGAAAAUUAGAUAGAUCUCGCGUAUUCACUCAAUUAAGUAUUAUUUUAGUCGUUAGGUGUUUUGUUGGAUAUAAGGUAAACUAAAUAAUACUCUAAAGGCUUGUGAUUAGCAGUCAUAUCGAUAUAAUGGUCGAUAAAGGAACAAAAACUCAAGUGAUCACAUUUUGUGUCGGCACUCAACCUUAGAGCAGUUGGUAACCAAUAACGUUUACAAUUACCAACUACGAACUUUAUUGAUUUGGAAGGUUAAAUUUAUUAAAUAUUCCACGUAAAAAUGUUGUUAUGAAACGGCUAGAAUGAGUGUCGUUAUCAAGUUCUAAUAGUAAUGAUUAUGAAUGGAAGCGUUCAAUGACCAAUCGGUUGAAUAUUUUUAUAUUCUCGGUGUUGUGUGCUUUGCAGCUUUUAUACAAAGACGGCGUCGCGAGUUAAACUCAUUUCUCUUGUACACGUCCUCUCCACUGUUCGUAGUUAGAUGUAGAGAUCGGUCUAAACGCAGCCGUAGUUCCAAUAGUUAUAAUAAGUAGUUACAAGCAAUAAUACACGACAUUCGUUGAGAAAUUUGACAAAAGUAGGCGCAUAAACGUUAGUGCAAACGGUCGUGGAUUUUUGUUAUGUGAGUUGUUGAACAUUUUUAUCGCAUCUUUUUGAUGUACCUAUUUGAAUAUCUACUUUUGUCAAAGUUCGAUCGUUUUAAUGAUUUUUUAUGUACGGCGUAGUGUUUUAGAUAAAGCGAAGUGUUCUUCGUGUAUUUCCACAUGACUGUGGCAGGACUCACGCGAGGCUGCCGGCCGCAGUAGCGCUCUCUCGCCCGACAGCGGAUUCCUCGCUGAACUUAUUCACAGAACAUGAUCAUUUAGUUUAUAUUUUUCGAACGCAAUAUAUAAAAUGAUAACAAAUAAUAAACAUAUUUUACGAUUGUUUUUCUGUGUACCGCGACUAAGGAAUCGAUUAUAUUCAGAGAAUAUGUCGAAGUUGAUAUACACAGAUGUUAUUUUAACUUAGCGGCCAGAUUACUUUGUUGACAGAUAUAACGUAGGUAAUUAUUUGUAACUGUUUACUUGCAUGGAUGUUAAUUAUUUACACGGAAAAUUUUUAUUUACCAAAAUCAAAUUUUAUAGAUAGUUGUAGAUCAUCAAUUCGAGUUCAUAGAUGUAUAAUUUAGAUAUCGCUGUAAGGUUAAUUAUUAUACUUAAUAUACAAAUAAACAAGUUCAGUAUAAGCGGAGAUAGCCGUAGCUACUUCAGUAGCGAUUGCACAUAGCUUUUAUUGAGGUCAGUAGAUAAUGAGUACAUUGCUUCAUGUCAAAUGUUUGUGAUGGGCAAAGAAAGAUGGCCCUAACGCGGUUCACGAAGACCGCUGCACACUCGCGGGUUCGAGCACAACUUGCCUGUGUCGAGGCUAUUGGUCCAAAUCACAAUAAAUAUACAUUUUAUCGAGAUUCGACAAUUCGCAUGGCCACGACUGCCAGAAAUUAUGAAAUUGACCGUCGGCUCAUUUAAUUUAUACGCAACAAGAGAACCGACUUAACUCAAUGAUGGAAUAGGACAAAAAAUAAGAUUUAUUAUAAAAAAAUAACUUUUAUUACCAUACAUAUACAAGCAUUGCGGAUAAAUACUAAUACAGUAAGUUACUGAUGCAAGCAUAUAAAGUACACGGAAUUCACAAUAGUAUUCACGGCCAUGUUACCUGCCUUUAGUCUAACCAACAAAUAUAAAUAAGAAUACAAUUGUUAAAAUUACGUAACAUAACGUGAUUAAUUGAGAGCAAUAUGACAGUAUUUAGAAACGUUUAAAUUGUAAGUACUUUAUUUUUUAAUUUCUUAGGGUGUCAAUAAAAAGACAACAAUUUAACGAAUAAAUGCAUUAGCUAUACAAAUAUUACGGAUGUAAUGUACAUGUUCAAAUGAACAGGUGUCUCACCAAUUCACUUCUAAAAAGAAAUAUAUAAGUAUAUCAAUGUAAUAGACAACAAUAUCAUAAAAUUUUCGAUUACUAAUCAAUACAUACGUAUGUAAAUUGUUUAUCGGCUGAUAUAUGACAAAAAAAGGAGUUAUAAAUUCGUUGUAUUCCACUUAGCUCCUAAAAUGAGAGAGGCCUGUUCACAAUUGUUUUAAGUAAAAUAAAUUAUACUCGUUUUUUAUUGACAACCAAAGGAACAUAGCGAACAUUUUACGCAAUAUUGCACUUUAUCUUAAAAUUGUCGAACAUUGAUCAAGAUUUCUUGAACGGUAGGACGUUAAAGAAAGUAUUAAAGUUUAUUUGAAAUCAU